AUGAGAUUUAGGCAAGUCUUUGAGCCAAUGUAUCUUAUUACUUGUGAAGGAUAUCAAAAAAGGGAGUCUAGAUCCUGGGUCCUGGAUCCUGGGUCCUGGGUCCUGGGUCCAGGGAGUCUAGAUCCUGGAUCCUGGGUCCUGGGUCCUGGGUCCAGGGAGUCUAGAUCCUGGGUCCUGGGUCCUGGGUCCAGGGAGUCUAGAUCCUGGAUCCUGGGUCCUGGGUCCUGGAUCCUGGGUCCUGGGUCCUGGGUCCUGGGUCCAGGGAGUCUAGAUCCUGGGUCCUGGGUCCUGGGUCCUGGGUCCAGGGAGUCUAGAUCCUGGGUCCUGGGUCCUGGGUCCUGGGUCCUGGGUCCAGGGAGUCUAGAUCCUGGGUCCAGGGAACCUAGAUCCUGGGUCCUGGGUCCUGGGUCCUGGGUCCUGGGUCCUGGGUCCUGGGUCCUGGGUCCUGGGUCCUGGGUCCUGGGUCCUGGGUCCUGGGUCCUGGGUCCUGGGUCCUGGGUCCUGGGUCCUGGGUCCUGGGUCCUGGGUCCUGGGUCCUGGGUCCUGGAUCCUGGGUCAUGGGUCCUGGGUCCUGGGUCCAGCAGAUAG